GCACAGUACAUUUUGAUAUCUGUCAUUUGAGCAUAAAUAAUUGAAAUUCCAAACGCCUUGCCAGACUUUUUCGACCACAUUUUUGCUUAAUUUCGUCCCCAAGCAUCAUUUCCUAAUCUGUCUAACAAAUCGAUCAUUAAUUCUGUGUCCAAUUUGGAAGUGGCGAUCGUUGAUAAUCCAUUCCUGACAAAUCUAUGGGCCAUCGAAAUUUUUGCUGCGAUGGCUGUCAAACUCACAAUUUCCAUGGCAGGCGGUUUCACUGUUUACGUUGUGUGAACUAUGACCUGUGCGGAGAGUGCUAUGAUCAGCAUGUGGAGACGCUGGAUCAUCGCGUUGAGCAUCCCAUGCAGCUGCUGAUCGAGCAGGAUCGUCCCUAUCAGCCGCUGCCUGAACUGCUGCUCAAUGGCGAGCUGCUUGAAUUGAUGCAUCUGCCCAAUUGCUAUACCUGUCCCUAUUGCGGCAUAUUCGGGCACACGGCCAAGGAGCUGAUCGAUCAUGUCGUGACCCUGCAUCGCCAGGCCGACAGCCAUGUGGUGUGCCCCAUGUGCGCCGGACUGCCGGGAAUCGAGCUGGUGGCCAUCCGCAACCUGGCACGCCAUUUGCUGCUCAACCACAUCGAGCACGCCAAUCUGCUGGAUCCGAAUACGCCGCCGCUACGUCAUGCUUUAGCCCGAGCAUCGCGUCGUCGGCGACGCCAACAGCAGUCGGCAGCGGGCAACCAGAAUGGCAGCACUAGCCGCAGCUCAGCGCGCUCAAACAGCAGCAGCCGCGUGGACUCGGAAGCGGGCAUCGACAUACUGUAUCAGCUAUCGGAGCUGCGGCGCCUGCGUCCGGAUUUGCGCUUUAGCCAAUCGAAUGCCAGCUACCUGGAAGGCGAUUCACGUUCACGCCCUGCUGCCCUAGCCAUUGCUAGCCCUGAGGCACUGACCCACGGCCCUGCCCACAUAGGCGCCACUGAUGGCGGCAGCUCUGCCAUGGUGCUGGACCACGCGGAGGCAGAUCGUUAUCUGCUGCAGCAGUGGAUGGCGGAGCAGAACGGAGCCGACGUGGAGGCGACUCGGCGAGACAAUCACCAACGGCAGCAGCACGCGAUCUUCACCGAGCACCUGCUGCUCUCCAUGCUGUGCGAGGAGCAGCUGCAGCUGCCACAAAAAUCCAAAUCACAAUCUCAAUCGCAACGACAACCAGAACCGGAGCCAGAGAGCCUGCAGCAUCUGCUCUUUACAGAGCUGGAUGAUGUUGCGCAAUCCCUGGAGAGAAAGAGUGAAGAUUUGCUGUCCCUGUUGCCGUGCAAGUAUAUACCAUCCCAGAUCAUGAUGCUGAUGUCGCUGCCUUGGAUCAGGCCCUGGUCGGCGCAGAGCAAGCUGCGCUAUAUUGAGCUGCAAGGCGUCACCUUGGACGAGAGCACACUCACGGGCGCUGAAGAGCAAGAUAUCGAUUAACUGUUAUUAGCAAAAAGUGAAAGAAAAAA